AUGAAAAUGGACGGCCAGAACCAAACCAUUGUUGUCAGUGGUGAGUCGGGUGCCGGAAAAACGGUGAGUGCAAAGUAUAUCAUGAGAUACUUUGCUUCAGUCGAAGAAGACUCCGAUUCCGUUAACAAAUUGGGUAAGGAUCACAAGGCUGAAAUGUCGGAUGUCGAAAGACAGAUCUUGGCAACAAAUCCCAUCACCGAAGCAUUCGGUAAUGCUAAGACGAUCAGAAACGACAAUUCUUCAAGAUUCGGUAAGUACUUGGAGAUUUUGUUCGACAAAGAGACUUCCAUCAUCGGUGCUAGAGUGAGAACGUAUUUGUUGGAAAGAUCCAGAUUAGUCUUUCAACCCACCAACGAAAGAAACUAUCACAUUUUCUACCAAUUAUUGGCUGGAAUGCCCGAAGAUCAAAAAUCAGCGCUAGGCCUCACCACAGCGGAAGAUUACCAAUACACUAAUCAAGGUAACGCCAUUACGAUUCCAGGAGUUGAUGAUGCACAAGAUUUUGCUCUCACAAAUGAAUCUUUGGCCUUGAUUGGUAUUGAUGAGUCUAUGCAAAGUCAGAUAUACAAGAUCUUAGCCGCUUUGUUGCACAUCGGUAACAUUGAGAUCGCUGCGACGAGGAAUGAUGCCCACUUAUCCUCUGAUGAACCAAACUUGGUUAAAGCAUGCGAUUUGUUGGGAAUUGACUCGGUUGCAUUUGCCAAGUGGUGUGUCAAGAAACAAAUCACAACUAGAUCUGAAAAGAUCAUCAGUAAUUUGAAUCAUAAACUGGCGUUGGUGGCAAGAGACUCUUUUGCGAAAUACAUCUAUUCUGCACUUUUUGAUUGGUUGGUUGAUUACAUCAAUACCGAUUUGUGUCCUCCCGAAGUUGCUGCGAAAGCAAAGUCGUUUAUCGGAGUUUUGGACAUCUACGGUUUUGAGCAUUUCGAAAAGAACUCGUUCGAACAAUUCUGUAUCAACUAUGCGAACGAAAAGUUGCAACAAGAAUUCAACCAACAUGUUUUUAAGUUGGAGCAAGAGGAAUAUGUUCGGGAAGAAAUUGAAUGGUCCUUCAUUGAUUUCGCUGACAACCAACCAUGCAUUAACUUAAUUGAAAACAGGCUAGGCAUAUUGUCUCUUUUGGAUGAAGAAUCUAGAUUACCAGCUGGUAGCGAUCAAUCGUGGAUAGAAAAGAUGUAUCAGACGCUUGACAAACCGCCCACGAAUAAAGUCUUCAAGAAGCCAAGAUUUGGUCAAACAAAAUUCAUUGUCAGCCAUUACGCGCUUGAUGUCACAUACGACAUCGAUGGUUUUAUUGAAAAGAACCGUGACACUGUUGGCGAGGGCCACUUGGAAGUGUUGAAGAACACCGAAAAUGAGAUGUUGCAAAGCGUCUUAUCUAUCAUUGAAAAGAAUGCAUCUGCGGUUGAAUCAUCAUCCGCUGUUUCGGGAAAGAAGUCAAUUGCUUCGAAAAAACCUACGUUAGGGUCAAUGUUCAAAAACUCUUUAAUUGAGCUUAUGAAGACUAUUAACUCUACGAAUGCGCAUUACAUUAGAUGUAUAAAGCCAAACGAACAAAAGAAGGCUUGGGAGUUUGACUCGAUGAUGGUGUUGUCUCAAUUGAGAGCUUGUGGUGUUUUGGAGACUAUCAGGAUCUCUUGUGCUGGUUUCCCAUCUCGUUGGACUUAUGCGGAAUUUGCAGACCGUUAUCAUAUUUUGGUCCCAAGUGACGAAUGGAUCCAGGUCAUGAGUGGUGAAACUUCAGAAGAAGAGAUUUCAGGUCUAUGUAAAAACAUCCUUGAUCGAAACAUUGAGGACAAACAAAAGUACCAAUUAGGUAACACCAAGAUUUUCUUCAAAGCUGGAAUGUUGGCGCACUUUGAAAAAUUGCGCUCCGAUAAGCUUCACCAAUCUGCUGUUAUGCUUCAAAAGAACUUGAGAAGAGUUUAUUACCGCAAAAAAUACUUGGAAACCCGAGAAUCACACAUCAGACUACAAGCCUUAUUGCGUGGCUAUAUUACCAGAUCUGCUAUCCAAAGAGAGAAGGAAAGUUAUGCAGCAACAAAGGUCCAGACCGCCAUCAGGGGUUACUUGGCUAGACGCCAAUUUAUUGAUACCCGUAACUCCAUUCUUACUUUGCAAAGAGCUAUCAAAGGUUUUCAAGCAAGAAAAAGCUUCAACGAGUUACGUUUGCAGAAAUCGGCUAUCGUUUUGCAGAAGUCUUAUAGAGGCUUGGUUGUGAGACGUGAUUUCCAGAAUCAGAAGAAAUCUGCUGUUGUCAUUCAAUCGUGGAUUAGAAGAAAGCUCGCCCGUCAGGAAUUGAAUAACUUAAGGGUUGAAGCAAAGUCUGUAAACCACUUGAAGGAAGUCUCUUAUAAGCUUGAGAACAAGGUUAUUGAGCUUACACAAUCUUUAACAGGUAAAAUUCAAGAUAAUAAGAGAUUGAUGGCGGAAAUUGCUGGACUCAAAGAGUUAUUGUCUCAAUCUAGUUCUGCAGCUGAAACUCUCAAAACUAGAGAAGCUGAGUUCAGUCAGCAGCUCAACACUAACAACUCGGAGCAUCACAAGGAGAUUGAGUUGUUGAACAAGGAAUUGGACUCUAUGAAGAGUGAGUAUCAAGCGGCUGAAGCCCGUAUUGAGCAAUUGACCAAGGAGCAAGCAGAGUUGAGACAAGAAGUUCAAAAGAAUAUUGAAGAACUCAAUAAGGCUAAGGAUGAUCUCGUGAAGCGAGACACGAUCGAAGUCGACUUGAAGACUCAUAUUGAACAACUCAAAUCUGAGAUUCAAAAUUUGCAAACUCAACAAAAGAGCAUUCAAAAUGCUAAACUCAGAAGUGUUAGCAGCAAGCGCCACAGUAGUGCUGCUGGUUGGGGUAAUUCUUCCAACUUCGAACAACAACAAAGACCUGUGUCAGUUAUUGCGGUAUCCAAUGAUGAGUUUACAGAUGUUGAUGAUAUUAAUGAUGAACUUUUCAGGUUAUUGAGAGACUCGAGACAAUUACACAGAGAGAUUGUUGACGGCUUAUUAAAGGGCUUGAAGAUUCCACCUGCUGGCGUGGCAACAGAUUUGACCAGAAAAGAAGUUUUGUUCCCUGCUAGAAUCAUCAUCAUUAUCUUGUCGGAUAUGUGGAGACUUGGUUUGACCAAAGAAAGUGAAGAGUUUUUAGGAGAGGUCUUGUCUGCCAUCCAACAGAUUGUUUCUACAUUGAAGGAUGAUGAUAUCAUUCCUAAUGGUGCAUUCUGGUUGUCCAAUACGCAUGAAUUGUACUCUUUCGUCUCUUAUGCCCAACAAACAAUCAUCGCCAACGACAGUUUGUCCCAUGACAUGAGCCAACAAGAAUUUGACGAAUACUUGAAGCUAGUUGCAGUGGUCAAGGAAGAUUUCGAAUCACUUUCCUACAACAUCUAUAACAUGUGGAUGAAGAAGAUGGAGAAGGAUUUAGAAAAGAAGGCUGUUUCUGCUGUCGUUAUUUCGCAAUCCCUUCCUGGGUUCAUGGCCCCAGAAAGCUCUCCGUUCUUGGCAAAGGUAUUUUCACCUGGUGUUCAGUACAAGAUGGACGAUAUUUUGUCAUUUUUCAAUUCUGUUUAUUGGUCGAUGAAGUCAUACUUCAUCGAGAGUGAAGUUAUGAAUGAAGUGAUCGUGGAGUUGUUGAGAUUUGUUGACGCCUUGUGUUUCAACGACUUAAUCAUGAGAAGAAAUUUCUUGUCCUGGAAGCGUGGUUUGCAACUUAAUUAUAAUGUCACCAGACUUGAAGAAUGGUGCAAGGGUCAUGACAUACAAGAGGGAUCAGCGUACUUGAACCAUUUGCUUCAAGCUGCCAAGUUACUACAGUUGCGCAAAAACACCACUGAGGAUAUUGAUAUCAUCUAUGAGAUUUGCUUUGCUUUGAAGCCCAUUCAAAUCCAAAAGUUGAUCUCGCAGUACUACGUGGCAGAGUACGAGACACCUAUUGCACCUGAUGUUUUGCAAGUUGUUGCGGAUAAGGUGAAGGAGACCGACGGUUCAAACGACGACUUGUUUGAAAUUGUUGCUACUGAUGGCCAUUUCAAUGACCCUUUCAGAAAUGUCAGCUUAAGACCUUUUUCACGCGUUGAAGCAUACGUUCCUGCUUGGUUGAGCUUGCCGAUAAUAAGAAAGAUUGUUGAGUUGGUUGCAAAGAAUGCAUCUGCUCAAGAAGCUAGGAUGACGGAGACCGAAGAUGCUGAAGAGCUUGGCAACGGCAAUGGUGUUUCCGUUGAAGCCUAA